AUGGAGAUGGACAAGACUUCCCCAAACCUCACCACGAGCAUCCUCAGCCUUCUCUUCCGCGACGACCCCAUCCAGGACAGCCCUGGAGGCACCGCCACCUUCUUUUCUGACCCCAUCAUGACGACCUUCUCGACCGACCCAGCCCUCUAUAUCUUCACCUCCCUGACAGCCGGCUCCUCGCACAUUGUCACAGCCACGUCCCGCCUCGAGACCAUCCUCCGCGCGAACCGCGUCCCCUUCAAGGCCGUCGACCUCGCCACCGACCAAAAGGCCCGCAUGCUCUGGGGACGCCGCGCCGGCAAAGAUGCAUCCGGCCGCGUGCGCAAGCUGCCCGGCCUGGCGCAGGAGGGUCUCAUCCUCGGGGACCUCGUCGAAAUCGAAGACUGGAACGAGUACGGCGAGCUGAGGCAGCACGUCAAGAUCUACUACGACGAGUUCACCAUCCCCACCAUCCACAACAAGCCGAAAGACCCGCCGAAACGAUUCGUCCACCCCAUCACCGGCGCCCCCGUGAAGGGCGGGUCCAAAGCCGGUUCCAAAGCUGCGGCCGGUGCGGCGGCGGCGGCGGCGGCAGCGUCAGCCUCGUCGUCGUCUUCCGCGAAGCCCGCUGCCCCGCCGGCCGCCCCGCCGCUGCCCCCGGCCGAUGAGAAGAAAGCGGCCACCGCGGCGCCGGCGAAGAAGGCCAAAACGGGCGAAAAGCGUCGCGCGACGCUGCGCGAGAAGGUCCACAUCAGUGAGGCUAAGGGUACAAAAGGACAAGAUUAA